AACUACUAGGUUGGAGGGUGGCUGUAGGACUGAAUGAGUCUGGACAACUGAGUACUUGGCCAUAUAAGGGUGGGGGAUUGCUGUGGGAGGCAGGGUGUAUUACGCUGCUGCAUGACUACUGGGAUUGGUGGGAAAUCCAGGGUUUGGACAACCAAGCUGAGGGAGUCAGGAACCUGGAGGGUGUGGGGAAUGCGAUUUAAGAAUUAGCAUUGGCUGAGUGCAGUGGCAUAUGUCUCUAAUCCCAGCACCUUGAGAGGCCAAGACAGGUGGAUCACCUGAGGUCAGGAGUUCAAGAUUAGCCUGGCCAACAAGAAGAAACCCCAUCUCUACUAAAAAUACAAAAAUUAGCUGGGUGUGGUGGCGCACACCUAUAGUUCCAGCUACUCAGGAGGCUGAGGCAGGAGGAUUGCUUGAACCUGGUAGGCGGAGGUUGCGGUGAGCCGAGAUCACGACAUUGUACUCAUGGGCAACAAGAGUGAAACAAUGUCUCAAAAAAUAUAUAUAUAUUACAAAAGAUAGCCAAUGUGGUGGCAGGCACCUGUAAUCCCAGCUACUCGGGAGACUGAGGCAGGAGAAUCAUUUGAACCCAGGAGGUGGUUUGCAGUGAGCUGAGAACAAGCCACUGCACUCCAGCCUGGGCAAUGGAGUGAGACACCAUAUUAAAAAAACAAAUAGCUAAAUAAUUAGCCAGCAUUGUUAAGAGUUAAAGUCUGUUUGCCCGCAUGAAUAGCUAAAUAAUUAGCCAGCAUUGUUAUGAGUUAAAGUCUGUUUGCCGCAUGACAGAGUGAGACUCUGUAUGAAAAAAAUACCUAAAUAAAGAAUUAGCCAGCAUUGUUCUGAGUUAAAAUCCAUUUGCCCCUAUGUUAUGUGUGAGCAGCCAAGACUUAACUCUCAGGAAAAGUGGGACAGACCCCCUCCCACAGCCUGCACCUUGGCCUAGAGAUUGAAGUCUUUGUCUCUCACCCUUCCCCAAGCUGACUCAGCCCCUGGAACAGAGGGCAGACCUGGCUGGGAGUACAAAGGGCGGCUCGUGCCUAAGUGGACAACUGCAGCUGUGGCUUGCAGGGGGCCGGUGGGACACCUGUGCCUGUUUAGCCUCCCUCUCCCGUGUCUGCAGAAGAGCCAGAGAGUUUCCUCACUGUCAUCCAGGGUCGCAGUUACAUCCACUUACAGUGACAUCAUCACACCCACCCACCAUCUCGCACUGUCACACACACGAUCAUACCCACUGGUAGACUGCACACGCAGUGGCAUGCUCACACCAUCACACGUGUUCCUGUCCAUGCAUUUAUCCUCAUUCCUGGCACGGUGUCCGGGCUAGGCCCGGCCAGGGGCAAACCUUGCAGGAAGCGGAGCUCACAGCCUCCUGGAGCUCACAGCUCACCAAGCACAGCGCCAUGACCAGCAAGGGUCCCGAGGAGGAGCACCCCUCCGUGACGCUCUUCCGCCAGUACCUUCGCAUCCGCACCGUCCAACCCAAGCCUGACUAUGGAGCUGCAGUGGCCUUCCUUGAGGAGAGAGCCCGCCAGCUGGGCUUGAGCUGCCAGAAAGUGGAGGUGGCACCUGGCUAUGUGGUGACCGUGCUGACCUGGCCAGGCACCAACCCUACACUCUCCUCCAUCUUGCUCAACUCCCACACGGAUGUGGUGCCUGUCUUCAAGGAAUAUUGGAGUCACGACCCCUUUGAGGCCUUCAAGGAUUCUGAGGGCUACAUCUAUGCCAGGGGUGCCCAGGAUAUGAAGUGCAUCAGCAUCCAGUACCUGGAGGCUGUGAGGAGGCUGAAGGUGGAGGGCCACCAGUUCCCCAGAACCAUCCACAUGACCUUUGUGCCUGACGAGGAGGUCGGGGGUCACCAAGGCAUGGAGCUGUUCGUGCAGCGGCCAGAGUUCCAGGUCCUGAGGGCAGGCUUUGCCCUGGAUGAGGGCCUGGCCAACCCCACUGAUGCCUUCACUGUCUUUUAUAGCGAGCGGAGUCCCUGGUGGGUGCGGAUCACCAGCACUGGGAGGCCAGGCCACGGCUCGCGCUUCAUCGAGGACACAGCAGCAGAGAAGCUGCACAAGGUUGUGAGCUCCAUCCUGGCAUUCCGGGAGAAGGAAUGGCAGAGGCUGCAGUCAAACCCCCACCUGAAAGAGGGGGCCGUGACCUCUGUGAACCUGACUAAGCUAGAGGGUGGCGUGGCCUAUAACGUGGUACCUGCCACUAUGAGCGCCAGCUUUGACUUCCGCGUGGCACCGGAUGUGGACUUAAAGGCUUUUGAGGAGCAGCUGCAGAGCUGGUGCCAGGCAGCUGGUGAGGGGGUCACCUUUGAGUUUGGUCAGAAGUGGACGCAGCCCCAAGUGACACCUACUGAUGACUCAAACCCCUGGUGGGCAGCUUUUAGCGGGGUCUGCAAGGACUUGAACCUCACUCUGGAGCCUGAGAUCUGCCCUGCUGCCACCGACAGCCGCUAUCUCCGCGCGGUGGGGGUCCCAGCUCUAGGCUUCUCACCCAUGAACCGCACACCUGUGCUGCUGCAUGACCAUGAUGAGCGGCUGCAUGAGGCCGUGUUCCUCCGUGGGGUGGACAUAUAUACACACCUGCUGCCUGCCCUUGCCAGUGUGCCUGCCCUGCCCAGUGAGAGCUGAGCCCUGGAAUUCCUCAACCUCUGCCCCUGGGGCUUCCAUCCCAACCAGUACCAAUGACCCCCUCUUCCCCCUUCCAAAUAAUAAAGUCUGUGGACAGGACUGUCUCUGAAGUACUAACA